ACUCGAGGGUCUGCGCUUCGGGAGCCCAAGUUUCUCUGCGGGACCUACAGGCUUAGCGACCGGCUGCCGAGCGCGUGGUGCGCGACCGCCGCAGAACUCCCGCGACAGCUGCGAACUCAGGGGACCCGCUGCACCGUCCGGUCCUCGCCGUCGGGGCGUCGCUCCCGGGCCCUGCCGGCCGCGAGUGGAUGCGCGUACGCUGAGCGUCCGAGAUGGCCGUGCGACCGGGGCCGCUCUGGUUGCUGGGCCUGGCUCUGUGCGCCCUGGGCGGCGGCCACUGCCCGCGUCCCCCCCACACCUGUCCCCAGCGUCGCCUAGGAGCGCGCGAGCGCCGAGACAUGCAGCGAGAGAUCCUGGCGGUGCUCGGGCUGCCUGGGCGGCCCCGACCCCGUGUACCACCCGCCGCCUCCCGGCAGCCAGCAUCCGCGCCCCUCUUCAUGUUGGACCUGUAUCACGCCAUGGCCGAUGACGACGACGGCGGGCCCCCACAGCCUCACUUGGGUCGCGCUGACCUGGUCAUGAGCUUCGUCAAUAUGGUGGAGCGCGACCGUACCCUGGACUACCAGGAGCCGCACUGGAAGGAAUUCCGCUUUGACCUAACCCAGAUCCCUGCUGGGGAGGUUGUCACAGCUGCUGAGUUCCGGAUAUAUAAAGAGCCCAGCACCCACCCGCUCAACACAACCCUCCAUGUCAGUAUGUUCGAGGUGGUCCAGGAGCACUCCAACAGGGAGUCUGACUUGUUCUUUUUGGAUCUUCAGACGCUCCGAUCUGGGGACGAGGGCUGGCUGGUGCUGGACAUCACGGCAGCCAGUGACCGCUGGUUGCUGAACCACAAGAAGGACCUGGGACUCCGCCUCUAUGUGGAAACCGAGGAUGGGCACAGCAUGGAUCCUGGCCUGACAGGUCUGCUGGGACAACACGCACCACGCUCCAGACAGCCUUUCAUGGUCACCUUCUUCAGAGCCAGCCCGAGUCCUGUGCGGGCCCCUCGGGCAGUGAGGCCUCUGAAGAAGAGGCAGCCAAAGAAAACGAACGAGCUUCCCCAUCCCAACAGACUCCCGGGGAUCUUUGAUGAUGCCCAUGGCUCCCGAGGCAGAGAUGUUUGCCGUAGGCAUGAGCUCUACGUCAGCUUCCGGGACCUCGGCUGGCUGGACUGGGUCAUCGCCCCCCAAGGCUACUCAGCCUAUUACUGCGAGGGGGAGUGCGCCUUCCCGCUGGAUUCCUGUAUGAAUGCCACCAAUCAUGCGAUCCUGCAGUCCUUGGUACACCUGAUGAAGCCAGAUGUCGUCCCCAAGGCCUGCUGCGCACCCACCAAACUGAGUGCCACCUCUGUGCUCUACUACGACAGCAGCAACAACGUCAUCCUGCGCAAGCACCGCAACAUGGUGGUCAAGGCCUGCGGCUGCCACUGAGGCCCUGCUCUGCAACCUGCUUCUGCUACCUUACCCGUCUGGUCGGGCCCCUUUCCAGAGGCAGGAAACCCUCCUAUGAUAUCAUAGCUCAGACGGGGGCAACGGGAGGCCCUGACUUCCCCUGGCCACUUCCUGCUAAAAUUUUGGUCUUUUCCCAGCUCCUCUAUCCCCUCCUUGGGGUUUGUGGCCUAUUGCCCGCCCCCUUCCGCUUCCCCAAGCACAGACUGAGUGCACGUGGCAUCCUAGAGCUGUGCUGACUGAGGGGUCUGGGGUCAGCACUGAAGACCCCCCCCCACAUGAGAGGAAGACCGGUCCUUGGCCAUCCCCAGCCCAGAAUGGUCAAUCCUGGAUGGUCUAAGGCGGCCCUGGAGUGUGAAACUGGCUGAUCUGGGCUCCGCACCAUUCACCGCGGCAGGGGGUGGGGGGCGUGUCUAGAUAUAACAGACACGCCCACUUAGAUCAGUGCCUGGCUGUCCACCUGCGCUGCGGAGUUAACUCGUUAGACUAGUCAGAGGCAGCUGUGGUAGUGCACGCCAUUAACCCCAGCACCAGAGAGACAGAUCUCUGUGAGUUCAAGGCCACACAGGGAGAUCCUGUCUCAAAAAAGAGAAGACAAAAGAACCAUCUGGCUGGGACCGGUGAAAGGGGCAUUUUAUGACCUGUGUCCUGGGCCUGCCCUCUGCCCAGGAGCAAAGGACCCUGGGAACUUCCAGUUCCCUCUACCACGGCUACCAUGCUGACCAGUUGGGGGCUGGACGCUGAGACAGAGCGAGAACACCCUGAAGUGACUGGUGCAGGUUGGCACCAGUGGGGGCCACUGCUUCUUCUAGCUGAUGGCCUGCUCAGGGAUCCCCAUGCAAGCACUCAGCUGCACCUGGACAGCCCUCCACAUCCUCAGCACAGAGCCGCAGAAUGCUGCCACCAGCUACUCCGAAGGAAAGGUCUCGGCUUCCCUCUUCUCCAGGAAAAGCCACCCAUUCCCAUUCUGCCUAGGCCCUCCAGUCAGGCGUGGGGCAAAGGGGAGGAGUGUCCACGUUUGCUCAUGUCUGGGAACUAAGAACAGGUUGGUCACCAAGUUGGCGUCACCCUGGGGGCCCAGCAGCCCCAUCCUGUUUCUGGGACCUGUGAGUCAAAGAAAGGGCCCCUGUCCCAGGGGAUGGCAGGUGGUAAUUAGGCCGAGUUGGGAGGGGAGGCUCAGAAACCACUGCUCUCCUUGGGGCAGCCGCUGGGAGCUGGAGUGUUUAUUUGAUUUCUGACUUGCUAAGCCUGUAAUUUACCUGCGGGAACAGAGUCCAGCUGCCCAAACUGUGUCAUUAAGAGCAGGUCCCGGGCCCAUCCCCAUCAAGAGACACACCCAGCGGAGGUGGACCCACCCAGGUGCCCAGGGAUGCACUCGCUGGGGUUCACACUCUGCACCCCUGAAUGGGCCUCAGGGAGGCUAGGACUCACCAGAGUGAGGCUUGCAGGAGUGAGAUUGGGGCCAUGCUGCAGGCCAGCAGCCUUUCCCCUUGGGCCUGGGAGGGUUUCCUGUGUGAGGUUGGAGGAGGGGACCCCUCCAUGUAUACAAAGAAUGGGCUCCUGUGUGAGGUCGGAGGAGGGGACCCCUCCAUGUAUACAAAGAAUGGGCCCAGGAUAUCCGCAAGAUGGUGAGUUCGCCAAGAGCUUCAGGCUUCUCGGGCUGGAGAGAUGGUUCAGGAGUUAGGAGCACUGGCGGCUCUUCCAGAGGACCAGGGUUUGAUUCCCGGCACCCACAUGGCAGCUCACAACUGUCUGUAACUCCAGUUCCAGAGGACCCAAUGCCCUCUUCUGGCUUCCAGUAACUGCAUGCAUGUGGUGUACAGACAUACAUGCAGGCAAAACACUCGUACACAUAAAAGUAAAUAAAUCUUUAGAAAAGAACAAAAGAGCUUUGGGCUUCAAAGAAAGGGUGGCUGGGAUUGCACAAGGCCUCCGCCUGAACGUCAAGACACUGACUUCUUAGUGUCUGGACAAAUGACCUUCCUUACCCAAGCUUAAACCUCCCAUCUGUAACACAACGCUGGCUUUCUGUUAUUGUAACAAAACGCCGGAGACAAUCAAUUGGAGGCAGGAAAAGGUUUCUCUUGACUCAUAGCUUCAGAGGUCUGUGGUUAGCUUGUCCCACCGCUUUUGGCUGGUGGUGAGGCAACCAAUUGUGGCAGAGAGCAAGACGGGACAAAACCACUCAUCUCAGGGAGGACAGGAAGCUGAAGGAAAGAGUAGAUUGAGCCCCAGACUCUCCUUCAAUGACACAAGCCCCAUGGCCAGAAAAACCUCCUCAGCCAUAGCUGCCACCAGCUCCUGAGCUUGGGACUAAGCCUCGAGUCCACAGGCUGUUGGGGACAUCCCAGAUCUAAAUUGGAGCCAUGUUUUUCAUUUCCUGCCAGAGGACCUCUCUACCUCCCUGGCCAUCCUCUCAGUCUUAACGACGAGAAUCCCCUGAACCAAAGCAGGAAGCGGAGGCAUCAGGGUUGCUCUCGUCAGAGCCAGCAUCUAGCCUGGCGUGGUCAGGGCACCUGCGGAUGCGAAAGGAGUGGGAAAUGCAGCCUGUGUACGGACACAAGGCUGAGCAGGGGCACGGGGCCACUGUGACUUCCUCCCACAGCAAAGCAAAGGCCUGGGAGUCACAGCCUCCAGUGCUCGGACAUCUGGCAGUCAUGGGUGACACGGAGUGGAAAGUCUUAGAGAAGGUAGAUAAAUAUAUACAUAAACAUAGCACCUGGGGUGCCAGCGUUACCACAAAGACCAUCUGGCUUAACGGUACCCUCUGACCACCCAAGGUAAACAUCAGAAGCAAAAAUGACCUUCACUGGAGGCCCCUAAGGGCAAUGAGAAAACACCACAGGACAUAAAGGCAGGACUGACUGUGGGGGACAGACACCCUCAUGACAUCUUCAUGGCUGCAGCCCAGCACAUCUGGAUGCCAGCUGGGUACAGUGCUUUUCCCGUGUCUAGCUGCAGGAAAGUAGGAGGGCACUGUGGAGAAACUCCCUACUGUUUACAAGAAGAGAGGCCGGGGGCACGGGUUUGGAGUGGAGCAGAACACAAGUACCAUCAAGUCCUGGCUCUGGUGGCCCUGUACUCUGCCCUGUCUAGCCCUCAGUGCUAACACGGGCCCACUGGGUGCUGGGUUAGACCUGCCCUUGUGAGCCCCCUCACCCAAUUCUCAGAUGUGCCCACAGGGCCCGCAGCACCUGCCACCUGUAGAGGUGUAUGUAGAUAGUCUCUCUCUCUCUCUCUCUCUUUCUCUCUCUCCCUCCCUCCCUCCCUCUCUCCCUCUCUCUUGGUUUUAUUUUUUCUUUCUCAGCUUUUUUAUUUUUUUUAGAUUUUUUUUAUUGCUUUAUAAAUAAUACCAUUCAAAAUUUCCACCUCCUCCCAUUUCCCUCCC